CAUUUCAGCUCCAUUCAGGCCAUUCGAGCCCAGUUGCCGUUGAGACGCGCUUGGGACUAGUUGUGGUCAAUUUUGAAUGGUGGGGUCGCAAUCGUAGAGGAGGAAACCGAAUUGAACCGAAAAUACGUUUGUUGCUGCUGCCUGUGGAAAUGCUGACUGCCGAUCAUGUCUUGGCCAAAAAAAAGUGCUAGUCUCUGGCUGCCGUUGCUACUGGGCUUGCUCUACACACAACAUGCAUCCACUUUCAUUGUGCCACGGGAGCUGCCCUCCCUACUCUCCAUAGUGUACUCCAAUAUACCACCGAUUAAAAAAGGGACCGAUUCGCGGUUGGGCUUCGGCUUUCGCCUGGGCGAGCAUGCCGACUUCCAGGUGAUGGUGGAACUGGGUCCCCAGAAGGAGACCCGACCCAUCGGCGAGCAGAGCCAGGACGACCAAUCAUUCAACAAGCGCCAGGUGAGCGCCAGCGAUCAGAAGGCCCUGCUGCGCCAGCAGUUCCGCCAGCAGGUGAAAAUGGAGGCCGAGAGAUUGAUGACCUCGACGGAACGGAAUGCGGCCAGCUGGCUGGAAACAUGGUCGAAUGGUAUGAAACCACAAAAGCCAAGCCCAAAGGACCGGACGAAGAGACCGCAAAAAGAAAGUUCAGUGCCCCAAAAUCCCUCAGGCGCCCUGCAACAAUUGCAAUUGCUGUACAAAAUGGCCACCACUUCUACCACGGAGCCACCAGCUUCCACGCUGAGCGCCCUCAACCUCGGAGGUCCUAGUGGGUUCAAGUUGCCCCCACCGGCGCUCAGCCAGGACACAAACUCCUUGGGCAGUCCUGAGCCGGUCAAGAGCAAGAGCGAAAUCACCAAGGAGCUGAUGGACGUCAGUCUGGAGACCGAAGUCUAGAUCCUCCAUAAAUCUAGUUACUAGUUCGUUGCGGUAUAUGUUUGUACCUUUUGUAAAUACAUAGGUGCCUAGAAAAUCAGUAUGUAAUGUGCCUAGCUUUGAUUUUGUAAAUAAACUUUAACCUAAAGUAAGUUAAAAAGAUUCUUUUAAUCAAAAGCCGAAAAAUCAGCUGCAAAAAUGGUUGUUGGGAUUAUUUUUCGCCAGAAAGUAGGCAAUGAAAACUUUUCACAGUUUGUGAAAUGCAUGUAGAAAUGUUUAAAAUAUAAUUCCGUUUUAUUUAAUUUUUAAAGGUAAAUUGUACCUGAUUACUUGGUCUACGGAUACAUGUACAAUCAAAUAUCCGUACAAUUUAAUAAAUAGCCCGGAAAUAAAUAAUCUUGAACCGAGUGGUAUUUUUGAGAGCAACAAUAAAAAUUUAAAAUCAUAAUUGAUUUUUAUUUUUUUGCUCACAAAUCAAUGAUUAUUUUUGAUUCUUAUUUUUUCACUCUCAGAAUAAUGAUUAUUUUUUGAUCAUUAUUUUAUGAUUUAAACAAAAAUCAUAACAUUAAUCAUUUUUUACGGGUCAUUAUAAAAACAAAUAUUUUAAAAGAAAUUGUAUUAAUGUUAAUUUGAAAACCAAACCCUGCAAAUCCUAUAAACCUAUAUACCUCUUUAAACUAAAAUAUAAAAUUCAUCUUGUAGAUAUAGCAACUUUUGCCUUGUCUUUUUCUCUGAGUUAUCGUUUAUUGUGAACUUAUAAAGUGUUUAAAUUAAUUACAUAAAUAGUCAAGUAUAGUACAACGUUACAUGGUUAAAUGAACUUAGCUACACUAUCAGCAUAUCUGUAUGUAUUUUGCUACUUGCAUAAAUAUUUUGUUCAUCUAAUUGUAAACUAGACAAGUUUAUGGCUACUUUAUAAA